AAAGACCAAAACCCAAAGUGACCAUUAAACCUGCUCAACAUGUAUUCAGAGGAGACACAGUCACUCUCAGAUGUGACAUAAAUGGUGGAGUCGUCACUAGCUGGAGCUACAGCUGGUAUAAAGAAGGUUCAACCAGGAUUGUCAGUAAACUACAGGAACACACAUUCAGUUCUGUUACUGAGUCUGACGCAGGUAAAUACUCCUGUAAAGGAUCAGAGACAGAAGGAUCACGCUGGUCACAAAUGAGUGAUGCAGUUACACUGACAGUAUCAGAUCCCAGAGCAGUUUUAAGUGUUUCUCCACAGAAGUGGUUGACUGAAGGAGAUCCAGUGACUCUAAUCUGUGAGGUUUACAGUUUCUCUACAGGCUGGACAUUCAGCUGGUUCACAUUAACUCUCUCAGCAGGGUAUAACAGCUAUGAUUAUAAUCUGCUCUCAGACAGCAGCAGAGGAGCAGGAGGAAACUACACUGUCAGUUCUGCUGCUCUAAAUCACACAGGAGUUUAUUCAUGCAGAGCAGAGAGAGAGAAAUCAGUCUAUAAAACACAGUACAGCAACACACAGCUGCUGUGGGUCACUGGUGUUUCUUCUCCAGUCUCUCUGAUCGUCAGUCCCUGCAGAACUCAACACUUCACAUCUGUCUCUCUCUCUCUGAGCUGUGAGGACCAGAGUAACUCUACUGGAUGGAGAGUGAGAAGAUACACAGACGGUGGACGGCUGGAAGAUUGUUCAUCAUUACGUCGAGGAUCACAAACAGGAUCUACAUGUACAAUCAGCUCCACCAACACAUCAGACACUGGAGUGUACUGGUGUGAGUCUGAAUCUGGAGGGAAACAUCAUCCUGUUAAUAUCACUGUACACUCUGGUGUGAUUCUGGAGAGUCCUGUUCAUCCUGUGACUGAAGGAGAUCAUCUGAUUCUACACUGUUUAUAUCAACAUACAACCUCACCAAACCUCAGAGCUGAUUUCUAUAAAGAUGGAUCACUCAUCCAGAAUCAAACUACAGAGAUGAGCAUCACUACUGUCUCAAAGUCACAUGAGGGUUUCUACUACUGCAAACACCCAGAGAGAGGAGAGUCACCCAAGAGCUGGAUCUCAGUCAGAGCUUCCACAGACUCAAGAUCUGAUGGUCUCAAACCCAUAAUAACUGGAGUGACUGCAGGACUGACUGUCACAGUUUUGAUCAUUGUCUUCUUGAUCCUGCUGUGGCGCUACAGAAACAACAAAGGUGGAAGAUCUCAGUCUCCCUCUACGGUCAGUCAACAGCAGAACAACAGUCAGACAUCAGACCAGAAACAGAGUGAAGCUGGAUACAAGACACCGCUGUCUGGAACCGCUCAUAUUUAUGACUCUGUUGAUGCAGCUGUUAAUAAAGACAUAAGCACAGACAGUGUAAGUGAGUCUACUGAACUCACCUAUGCUGAGAUUGAACUGAAAUCUACAAAGAAACAGAAGAAAAAGAAAGAAAACAAAGAGAAUAAAACUGAGAGUCCUGACUGCAUUUACUCUAAACUUGCACUGAAAACAGAUCAAGGUGCUGGAUCUAGUGAUGUGACAUAUGCUCAGGUGAAAUAAAAAAUCCAAGAUGAGAAACUUUCAAUCCCAGGAUACUGAUGAGUUUCAAUCAUCAUCAAUCAUUUAUAAUCUUUGUGAUAUUGAGCAUGUGAUGGCAAUAGAUUCAUCAGCACUUGAUAUUAGUGAUUCAAACCAUCAUGUGCUUCAGAAAGUUUGCAUGAUAAUAUUUGAAUAUAUUUGGGGACAAAGAAAAGAAAAGAACGAUUAUUAUUUAGUAUUGAAGUGUGUAUUAAUUUAGGACUUGAUAUUAGCAAAGGCAGUAGAUUAUUAUUUAAAAAGUAAUAGAAAAGAAUAUUAAAUGUAAGGCUGUUUCUGUUCUGAUUUCCUAAGUGAACAAUUUUCAUUUUCCUGGAAAAACUGGAAAUAUUAAGGAGUUUAAAAAUUUCCAUGUCUGGAAAAGUUGCCUUUAAAUGUAAAUGUAUAGUGAAAAUAUAUUUUUAUUUUGAAAAUAUAUAUCUAGCUAUUGUCCAACUGUAAAACAUUUUAUUGGACAGAAAGCCUUA